AUGGUGAGUGGGACCGCGGCGCGGUUCCCCGUGUGGGCUCGGGUGGCCCUUGGUCCCUGCGCACUCUGGGCUGCGGCCUGGGGAGUCUUGCUGCUCGUGGCUUCCGCAGGGGGGCAGCGCAGCCGGAAGAAGGUCGUGCACGUGCUGGAGGGCGAGUCAGGCUCGGUGGUGGUGCAGACAGCGCCCGGGCAAGUGGUCAGCCACCGGGGUGGCACCAUCGUCUUGCCCUGCCGUUACCACUACGAAGCAACAAUUCACAGCCACGAAGGCGUCCGCCUCAAGUGGACUAAAGUUGUGGAACCGCUGGCCUUUACUGAUGUCUUCGUGGCGCUGGGCCCCCAGCACCGGGCGUUUGGCAGCUACCGUGGGCGGGCAGAGCUGCAGGGGGAUGGUCCAGGGGACGCCUCCUUGGUUCUCCGAAAUGUCACGCUGCAGGACUAUGGGCACUAUGAGUGUGAGGUCACGAAUGAACUAGAAGAUGACACUGGCAUGGUCAAGCUGGACCUGGAAGGCGUGGUCUUCCCUUACCACCCCCGUGGAGGCCGCUACAAGCUGACCUUCACAGAGGCUCAGCACGCUUGUGCUGAGCAGGAUGGCAUCCUGGCGUCAGCCGAGCAGCUGCACGCGGCUUGGCGCGACGGCCUGGACUGGUGCAACGCGGGCUGGCUGCGCGAUGGCUCAGUUCAGUACCCGGUGAGCCAGCCCCGGGAGCCCUGCGGCGGUCUGGGCGGGGCCGGAAGCACCCGGGUUGGUGGAGGUGCCUCCGGGGGCGUGCGCAACUACGGCUACCGCCACAACGCGGAGGAACGCUACGACGCUUUCUGCUUCACGUCCAACCUCCCAGGGCGCGUAUUUUUCCUGAAGCCACUGCGGCCAGUGCCCUUCUCUGGAGCAGCACGUGCGUGCGCGGCGCGCGGCGCGGCCGUGGCCAAGGUGGGGCAGCUGUUCGCCGCGUGGAAACUGCAACUGCUGGACCGUUGCACCGCAGGCUGGCUGGCAGAUGGGAGCGCGCGCUACCCCAUCGUGAACCCGCGCGCGCGCUGCGGCGGCCACCGGCCGGGCGUGCGCAGUCUCGGCUUUCCCGACCCCGCGCGCAGCCUCUUCGGCGUCUACUGCUACCGCGCGCCUGGCGCGCCCGACCCUGCACCUGGCGGCUGGGGCUGGGGCUGGGCGGGGGGCGGCGGCUGGGCCGGAGGCGCACGCGAUCCCGCUGCUUGGACUCCGCUGCGCGUCUAG